AUGGUUUGCAUCAGGAAAGCAACGGUGGAUGACCUGCUGGCGAUGCAGGAAUGCAAUCUGUUCUGCCUACCGGAGAAUUACCAGAUGAAAUACUAUCUAUAUCACAUUCUCUCGUGGCCGCAGCUCCUCUACGUCGCCGAGGAUUACAACGGCAAGAUUGUCGGUUAUGUUCUGGCAAAGAUGGAGGAGGAAUCCACAGAGUGCCACGGCCACAUAACCUCACUCGCCGUCCUCAGGACUCACCGCAAGCUCGGCCUCGCCACUAAGCUCAUGACUGCCGCUCAGAACGCCAUGGAGCAGGUGUAUAGAGCUGAAUAUGUGUCUCUGCACGUCAGGAAAAGCAACAAAGCUGCAUUUAACUUGUACACUGGGACUUUAGGGUACAAGAUUCAUGAUGUGGAGGCAAAGUAUUAUGCAGAUGGAGAGGAUGCUUAUGAUAUGAGGAAGCAACUGAAUGGAAGGAAGCACUAUGGCCACCACCACCACCACCACCAUGGUGGCGGGUGUUGUGCUGCCGACCACAAAACAGAUGGAUCAGCCGAGUGA